UCAUAUCAACAAUCUAAUCUAGGUACUGUAUUAAUCUAUUUACCAAAUAAUAAUUCAACAAUUUUUUGUACAUAUUCAUUGAUAUUCAUUGAUAUUCAUAAAGGUUUCAAAUCCAAAAACAUCUCUCGUUCCCAUCUCAUCUCUCAUUCUAACCUUUCCUCUCCUUCCUCAAUCUAAUCAUUCUAUACACAAUCAUCCCAUCCCAUCCCAUCCCAUCCUCAUCUUUCCUCAUCUACCUACCUAGACACCAAAACCUCACUCACACCACAAUGCCCCAACCACCCCUCCGCAUCGCAAUCCUCGAAUGCGAUACCCCCCUCCCAAAUACUGACGCCAAAUACAAUGGAUACGGCGGCGUAUUCAGUAUGCUCCUCGAGCGCGGAGCUAGCAUCCUUACACCAGCGCUCCCUGUAUCCUCCCUCCAAAUAAGUUCCUACGACGUUGUAACGCUUCAGGAAUAUCCCAGCCCAUCGUCCAUUGACGCAAUAUUAAUCAGUGGAUCGCGAUUCACGGCCUUUGAUUCCGAGCCGUGGAUUGUGAAAUUGGUCGAGUUUGUGAGGGGGCUCUUGGAGCAGGGAAGGGUGAGAGUGGUGGGGAUUUGUUUUGGACAUCAGAUUGUGGGAAGGGCGAUGGGGAUGAGGGUUCAGAGGAAUGAGAAGGGGUGGGAAAUUAGUGUGACGCCUGUGGAAUUGACGGAGAGGGGAAAGGAGAUAUUUGGUUUAGAGAGUUUGGUUUGUUUUUUCUAUCCUAUCUUAUUCUUGCUGGAGACGGGGUAAGAAAUAAGGAAUUGGGACUAAUUAUUUUCACAGAAUAUAUUUCAAAUGCAUAAAGAUAUGGUGUAUGAAUAUCCUAAAGAGGUGGAACAAUUAGCAUAUACGGAUAAAUGUGCAACGCAGGGAAUGUAUAUUAAAGGGAGACUAAUGACGGUGCAAGGACAUCCGGAGUUUACAAAGGAAAUUGUGAGGGAAGUGUUGGAGGCAAGACAUGCUUCUGGUAUUUUUGACGAUGCGACUUUUGAGGAUGCAAUGAGUAGGGUUGAUAAGGAUCAUGAUGGCGUGAAAGUAUCCCAAGCUUUCUUGAAAUUCAUCAUGGAAGAUUAGGCGGGUAUUCUCCUCAAAUUGAAUAUUUCUGCUAA